CCACCCAUCCGACAUUUUAUACUGCGAUUGCCAUUGGCUAUCCGUCGACUAGGUAUUCCGUCGAGUCUACUGCAUUCUACUGCAUAUUCGACCUCAGAAGCCUUCCCUGAACGCCCCAGGGAUAACGCCAACGAGUUAUACCCGUCCAAAGCGCCCUUCUUGAUUCCUUCUUCAACCCUUGGCCGCUGCCAGUCCGAGCCUUUGGGCCAAUAACAUCUACGAAAACCCCUUUACCGUUUCCCAGCAUGUUUGGUUUCUCCAGACCUAUCUCCAGAGCCCACAAUAUCGUCCCUCGUGGACCAGGACCACUCCAGCUCCUCACAGUCUCACACACUUGCCGUUACAAUUGGGGUCUCUUCGGGUACUUGAUGGGCUGCCGCGUCGACCACAUCUUCGGCGCCGUGUCGCGGGACACGUCGAUUCAACACCACUCAUACAAAUAAUGCGCUAUCCUCGUGCCUCCCGCCGUCUUCCGUCGAAAGUGCUGGCCUACCCUAGCGCUGGCUUUUUCGCGCCGCUUGUUGCAUCCUUCCAAUCAUCCGCUACGCUUGUCGCUCUUCUCCCUUAUGGUUUGAGACCAAUGACCUGUCAGCUGUCAGCCAGUCAGUCUCAAGAUGUCCCGCGGUCCACACCAUUAACGAGCUGGGAUCCAGGAACACGACCGAGACUUCAUCCACACACCGUGCCACCACCCACACGGAGCAAAGGCUAUGCUAAAUCGAGACAGGUCGUUGGGGACUGGCACGACUGGGUUGUGUAAAGUGCGAUAAUUCAUGCCUGUUUUCUCUAAGUAUAGUGUUACCCUUAGG